UCUUCUUCUUCGCCUUUUUUUUUCGCCUUUCCACCUAGCUUGCUCCUCGGGCGAGGCAACAGAGCAUUGACCCAGCAUACCGGAACAGCACCACUAGGGCCACCUAGGACACCACCAGAUAACAGAGGUGCUGACCAGGAGCAGCGUGGCUCAGAACGCUGGAAGAGCGUCGAGCGCACUGGACGUGUUUCCUGGCCGGUAAACCCGGUCCUGCGGUGCCAAGAAAAGAAGAUGGGAACCUUUAAGAUCCUCCUCACGCUGGCGAUGGUGACAACGGCGCUCUCGCUGCCGACGCUGCCGACCCCACUGAAGCCGGAAGAAGCCCCGGACCGGCUGGCGCAGCCCGUCACCCACGCAAGUCCUGAUGUCACUGUCUCUGUCGAACCCAAGUCUUCUGGUGAAUCGAAACAGGGAGAACGACUAGAAGGCGUCCGGUCAGUGAGCAAUGACCCAUCUCUGACGACCAAGAAACAGAGUGCGAGCGACGGCUCUGCUGUUCAAGCCACUCAGCACGUCGACACUCAUGACACAGCGGGCAAGGACUCCGUUGUUCAGCUUAAAAAGUCAGUAAAGCUGAAUAAUGAUGAAAAGCCCGCGUUAGUCGAAGACGAGGCUAAAAGCGAGACGAAAGACGCUGUUUCCCAGGACAAGCCUCUCGAGAGCCCAAAUGUUGAACUCGGCAACGACGCCACUACUGCCAGUCCUUCAGCUGUCACGCCACAAGAGCCUGCAAAGCCGUUGAAGGGAAUAAUAGAGGAUGUGAAAGAUUUUGGAACUCUGAAUGACGCUGUUGAACUGCCCAAGGACGUCACCUUGUCUGAUGACAACAGCAAUACUCAUGUAACCACUACUGACGAUGGACACAAAUCUACCGACAAGGUUGAAUCGACGCCUGUGGUAGAUGAUGUAUCAAACACUGAGCUUACGCCAGGGCACCUAGAAUCUACGAACACCAACGCCGAUGUUACAGGGCAAGGAGAAUACGCCGUUACUGAAGAUGGCAAAAAGUCGAGCGAGGCUUCUGCUGUGACCCUACAUGAGGUCACUACAGUGAUAUCAGCAACAAAUGAAAACCGUCCAGAAAAUUACCACAAAAUUAGCAAACGCGAGGACACUAAGCACGAGUAUGAAAAAGACACUAUAGCUCAUGCUAUGAGUAACACUGGCAGUCCUAAAACCAAGGCAUCCAAGUCAGAUGUAUCAAAGCCCGCACACGUCAAGAUGGACGCGCACAAGUCCACUAAAGCACACAGCAAAACUAUACAGGAAACUGCUGACGAAAUGAAGCCUACAGGCUUUAAGACCUCCAGGGAAAUUGCCAGCCCAGAUACACCUGAAAUAAAUGCUCAGGAAUUAGACAUUGCUGAGGCCAAACAGACACCCGACACUGUCGCGAGCGGUUCCAGCCAAGUGGACCCUUCGACACAAGUUUCACCUGUAGUUUCGCCAGCCUCCGCACCUCAAGCCGCCGUUCCAACAUCUGACGCAGAAACACCGUCAACGUCGACCGAUAACACCACCAAAAAUCAAACGGCGACUGCAACUGAAAGUGGCGGCGGCUUUAAUCCUUUUGGACCGAUCAGAAGUGUCUUUCAGCCCAUCAUUGACGCUGCAGCUUCCGUGAGGGAUCAGAUACGACCAGUAAUCGGAGCUGCACUCUCACCUGUUUUAGGUCCCCUCAGUCCGGGAAAAGGUGGAGCGACUCAAAAUGUCUCCGCUACUACAGUGGCGCAACCGUCAACGUCGGAAGGUAGUGCGACGUCUCCGGCAAACCCCACAGGUGAUGAAGAGCCACACAGGGAAACGCAAACUGUUGUCCCUGCUGAGACAGCUUCAUCGACGACUGUUCAGGAUAGCGUAGCUCCCGAGGUCAGAACACACGAGACUGGCGCUGAGACGGACGCCAAAACAGUGGCUCUCCCAGCCCUGGAAGCCAAUCGCAACGAAUCUCAGACCCCAUUGAGCCCAUUCCCGGUGCUUUUCGAUCCGGUUACCGCGAUCAACCGCUUCACCAAGCCAGCAGUGGACGCUGCUACCAACGUACGCGACCAAGUGCGACCCGCCUUCGAAGCCGCCGUGGCGCCCAUCGUUGACGCGCUGAACCCGACCAAGGAAGCGGCAGACUCCAACACCACAGUCGUUUCUUCUGAGCCGCAGCUGCGGGCAUCGGACGACAUGCCCGAGAUCGCGGCCGAAGAGCCGAUGCAGCCGCACAAGCGUCGCUACACCAAGUAAGGAAAAUAAAGCGGAAAAAAGGAA